UCUAUUCUGGAAUGCGCAUCGGGUCAGCGCGAUCGGGGCACAUCGACUCUCCAGCCGCCGCUGUCUAUGGUUCUUGAGGGAUGGCAAAUAAUUCAUUGAGUGGGAAGAACAAGGUCACAGGAAAGGGUUCGUCGCUUAGGAUUACGCCUUCCAAUUCUCCAGUCUUGCGACCGGGGCCACGAUCGCCUUACAAGCUUUCAUCAACCAUGUCGGCUCUUUCUCUGCAGACGGUCAUAGGCACAACCACAACGAACCCCAAUGGCUUCUCUAGCCACGAGCCUACAAAAUCUUUCGCACUGUGUGCGGGAUCGGCGACGAUCCUCGCUGAGGUCGAUUCCGAGGAUAAUAUCAGUCAGCGUUUCUUUCGAGCGCGUCCGACGGCGACACCGAUCAACCCGGUGACGUCUUUCUAUAAUCAGGAAACGCCUCCAACAACCCCAGAGUCUCGAGCGAGAUCUACACCUGCGAGCAAGUUGGGUCUAAAUGUAGGCUCAUACAGAGCUUCUCCCUCGGCGGACGGGAGCGACACGUGGUCGUCGAGAGAGAGAAUCAAAGCAGUUACCAGCGUGGACAUAAGUCCGAAUGGACGUUUCCUUGCCGUUGGAGAGACCGGUUAUAAUCCUCGAGUCUUGAUCUUCUCCACGGCUAAGGAUUCGCCUCUAGAUACCCCUCUCACGGCCAUAACCGAUCAUUCAUAUGGGAUCCGUGGCCUGGCAUUCAGCCCUACCUCUCAAUACUUAGCCACCCUGGGCGAUGUCAACGAUGGCUUCCUCUUUGUAUGGGCUGUCAGUCUCAAGAAUGGGACUGCUAAACUACACUCCGCUAACAAGUGUACAUCUUUUGUGCGCGCUAUGUGUUGGAUGGGACAGUGUCUCAUUACGGUGGGUGUAAGACAUAUCAAGGUGUGGAGGCUACCAGAAACGACUCCAUCUUCACCCACGAAAUCUCGAUUCAACGGAGAUUCAUACGCCAGUUCUCCUGGGGUGUCCCCGAAAGCACUGUCUGGACGAAACUGUGUGCUGAGCUCACUGAGUGAGAACACAUUUACAUGUGCUGCAAGUAUCUCUGAUACUGAGACAGUGGUGUGUUCAGACACUGGUGCGGUGUGUCUACUCGAUGAUAGUGAAUCGUCCCAGAAACUCUCCCUGGUUAAAUACGUCGACUUCAGUAUAACUUCCAUGGCGGUGGACUUCGAACAGGGAAGCAUAUGGCUGGGUGGGCCAUAUAGAAAGAUGGAGAAACUCCUAAUCAAUGAUUUACGACAGUUGGUAUCAUCCAAACCGCCGUCCCCAAUUCCCAAUGACAGGGAGCAAUCCAUACAGAAGGGAAAGAGACUCCCCAUUGUCGCUAUGGGAUUCCUCACCAGCCAUAUCGUGACUGUGGAUGCAAGUCGCGCCAUCCACGUCUGUCCUACGGAGGCGUUAAACGGAGAAAAGGACAAAGAUUGUGCUGAGACGUCGCUGCCAGCUCAUAAAGAUGCUGUACUUGGCAUUGGAUCACUGAAACAACCAAAUACCUACGAAUCUGAUUUCUUCACCUGGUCUUGCAGUGGGGCUGUGAAGUUCUGGAACGCCCAGGGACGCUGUCAGACCUCUAAACAGAUCGAACUAGAUCAGCUUCCGAGCAAUGAUGACGACGCCCCGAAUGAGCUCAAAGUCUUGCGGGCGACGGAAGACAUGGAAUUUUUUGUGUCGGGGGAUAGAUACGGAGUCUUGAGAGUUAUUUCGGCAAAGGAGUGGAAAUGCAUCUCUGAGGUGCGCGCUCACGGUGCCGAGAUUACAGAUAUUGCAGUGCAUACGGAUCGCAGUACUCUGAUUGCCAGUUCUGGUAGAGAUCGCAUGGUGCAACUCUUCAAUAGAACACAGGAUGGCCUCGAAUUGAUCCAGACUUUGGAUGACCACGUUGGCGCUGUUGGACAGCUGCUUUUUAUGAACGAUGGAGACCGGCUGCUUUCUUGCUCUGCGGACCGCACGGUCAUUAUCAGGGAGAAAGUGGCUCGGGAAUCCAAUGGGGCACUACCCUUCGCCUUCAUCAUGUCGAAAGUUAUCACCUUGAAGGCGUCUCCAGUGUCAAUGACUCUAGCGCCGGAUGAUCCUGAUAUAUUGAUUCUGUCCACGAUUGACAGGCACAUACAGAGAUUCGAAAUCCCUACGGGAAAGCACAUUCACUCCUUCCGAGCGUCAGAUCCGGAAACCGGUGACACCGUCGUGAUGGGAUCCUUAGCUGCAGUUGCAGAAAUCCCGGGGCAGAGCCCAAAGCUACUUCUCGGAGUGUCGACGACGGACAAGUCAAUUAGAGUAUAUGACCUCGAGCGUGGUGUGCUUCUCAAUCGUGAGUUUGGACAUACAGAAGGCGUCUCCGGUAUUCUACUACUGGAGAGCCAAUCGAAUAGCUCAAACGCGCCUGUCAGAUCAUUGAUCAGUACUGGUCUUGACGGUAUCGUGAUGAUUUGGGGUCUCCAUGUACAGCAGCAAGAGGCCUGCCAGGGAAGUUCGCGGGAGGAAGAGGAGACUCCUGUCAAAGAAUUGACUGCAGCCAAGCCUCCUCUUCGUCGGAUACUCUCCAAAGGCGAGCUUGCUGGACUCCAGAAGUUCGAUAGCCCAACUGGUAGCCCUACGCCUGUGCGUGACCAGUCUCCACCAGCUAUUCCAAGGAGGCCCUCUAGGUAUUCAUUGGCACCCCCAAGUCAAAGAUGUGGACACAAAGUCUCGACGCCACCAUCAUCCGCGUCUUCCAGUCGUCGCUCUCCCACAUCUUCGGUUCACCUGGGAAUCAACCGAAGAUCUCCCUCUCCACCAAGCCCACGAGUCAGAACAAUGAAUGUACAUCAUAGGAGCGUCCACGAUCUCCGUCGCUCCUCCAUGGACCUUCGAGCUCGCACGAAGAGCUCCGAGUUUGGGAGCCUAAAUUCGUCUACGGAGCAGGUUUGCCGCACAUUGCGUGCUUAUCGGAAGAAACUCCACGGAUCCUCGACCCAUCUCCGUGCAGCACGAGAGCUGCAGCAGGAACUUGAUCUUACUCUUCGAGCACUGGGUGAGCGGAUCAAGAGGGAGGAUAGCAAUGAAGACACAGAGACGGAGAGCAGUGGGAAGGAGAACGACCAGAAAUCCAGUCGUGCUCCACACCGUGCCCACAGUCCCCUCACUACUGCACGGAGAGUGCCGUCUACCCCCAGUCUGCGACACAGCAGGUCUAGAGAACUCUCCAGGGCCCAGUCUCUAGAAACAGAUGGCGAGGGGUAGAUCGUUUUGUUUGUUUGUUUGGCUUUUUUCUUUUUCUUUUUUCUACGAAGAAAUUUGUUUUUAUUGGGUUAAUUUUCGAUGGAAGACAAGUUACAUGUCCUCACGGCUUUCAGGUUUCGGGUUUAGCGUACUCU